GAGGUCGUCUGCCAAGAAACCUUGGGCCUUUCUGUCAUUCCUCUCUUGGAAGCAGCAAGUGACACAGAAGCAGAAGCAACGAACACAGAGAGGGAGAGAGGUCAACCUCGAAGUUGCAUAUAUACACUGCAGCAGUGCAGGGUCGCACCACAUCCUGUCGUCGUCGCUGCGCUCUCGCACGCUUACAAUAGGGACCCAACGGGUCUUGGCAGCCUCGCUCGUCUACCGCUCGGCAUGGAAGCCGCCGCGAGGGAAGCGCAGGGUGGUCUGGAAUGGCGGGUGACGGUGCCGGAGGGCGCGUCGGUGACGGUGGAGCACGAGGCAGCCGGCGGCGCGGCGGCGAGGGCGUGGGCGUGGCUGCUCGCCUGCGUGGCCGCGGCGUGGGGAAGGGUGGCGGGGUUCGCGAGGAAGGUGUGGAGGAUCGGGGCGGAUGAUCCCCGGAAGGUGGUGCACGGGCUCAAGGUCGGCCUCUCGCUCGCGCUCGUGUCCAUCUUCUACUACACCAGACCCCUCUACGACGGCGUCGGUGGGGCUGCCAUGUGGGCCAUCAUGACCGUCGUCGUCAUCUUCGAGUACACUGUUGGUGGCAGCGUGUACAAGAGUUUCAACAGAGUCGUGGCGACGGCGAGCGCCGGCGUCCUCGCGCUCGGCGUGCACUGGGUGGCGGGCAAAACCGGCGAGUUCGAGCCGUACAUCCUCACCGGCUCCCUCUUCUUGCUGGCUGCGGCGGCCACCUUCUCGCGGUUCAUCCCGACGGUGAAGGCCCGGUUCGACUACGGCGUCACCAUCUUCAUCCUGACGUACAGCCUGGUGGCUGUGUCCGGGUACCGGGUCGACGAGCUGGCGGUGCUGGCGCAGCAGCGGGUCUCCACCAUCGCCAUCGGCAUCUUCAUGUGCCUCGCCGUCGCCAUCUUCGUCUGCCCCGUGUGGGCCGGCCAGGAGCUGCACCUCCUCACCACGCGCAACAUGGACAAGCUCGCCGCCGCCCUGGAGGGCUGCGUCGAGGACUACUUCGCCGAGGGCCCCGCCGCGCAGCCGCAGGCCAGGUCCGACGGGUACCGGUGCGUGCUCAACUCCAAGGCCUCCGAGGACGCGCAGGCGAACCUUGCGCGGUGGGAGCCGGCGCACGGCCGGUUCGGCUUCCGUCACCCCUACGGCCAGUACGGCAAGGUUGGCGCCGCCAUGCGCGCCUGCGCGUGCUGCGUGGAGGCCCUGAGCAGCUGCGCGUCCGCCGAGGCGCGGGCACCCGAGCACGUGAAGCGGCUCCUCCGCGACGCGUGCACCAGGGCCGGCGCGCGGUGCGCGCGGGUGCUCAGGGAGGCGUCGUGCUCCGUCGCCACGAUGACGGCGUCCUCGCGGGCGCUGGACCUCGCCGUCGCGGACAUGAACACGGCGGUGCACGAUCUGCAGGGCGACAUGCGGUCCCUCCCGUCGAUGCUGGCCGUGAAGCUGGCCGAGACGUCGCUGGUGGACACGAUGCCCGUCUUCACCGUGGCGUCUCUGCUGGUGGAGAUAGCAGCGAGGGUCGAGGGCGUCGUGGACGCCGUCGACGAGCUGGCGACCCUUGCGAACUUCAAGCAGGUCGACGACGACGACGACGACGACGAUGAUGACGACGACAAAAAGGGGGAAUCCGAGAUGACGACGACGAAAGUGCACCCGCUGAACGAACCGGACGCCGACGAGGCGUCGUCGUCACCGGAGAACCAGGCAUCCAAGGUUUAAGCGUCGAACCUCUCGAUCACCAAACCAGGACAACAGAUCAGACAGCAGGACGAACUUGAUAAUGAGAUUUACCCUGGUUACACCAUUGCAUUAAUUAAUAUGGUUGAUCUUGUAACUAAACUUUAAUUAAUUUCCGAGGAGGGAGCUCAUGCACACAGCUUCGCAUGAUCGCAUCCACGGGGUUUAAGGGAAUAAGACCGGCCGGAAUAUACAGCUGGUUAUUUGGCAUCAUGGUUGGCACACCAUGGUGUAGAUGUACAUAGGUUUCAAAUCAAAGCAUUAUUUGCCA